AACGGGCCCGCCCCCCCCCCUCGCACAUCAAUCACCGUGUCAUCAAGUCGGCAUUGCUGCUGCGUGUGCUGCUGUUUUGUUUUUGUGAGUCCGGGCUAAGUAUAUGGUAUUGGCAAAGGACAUAGUCUGCUGCAAGUGAGGUUGUUGUUGUAUCUGGGACUCCAGGCCCUCCACAGCGGUCCAGCAGCGCGAUAAACCUCCAACACGCCAACUAAAUCAACUCACUGACUGAGUGAGUGCGUGAGCCGCCCGCCGGCCGCCACAUGCUGACACCAUGGUGUGCUUCGCAGAUUUAAACAUCAUUAACAUCAACGACAAAAAACGACUGCAAACUAUAAUAGAAACCGCGGCACAUCUUGGUUAUUCGACAGUUGCAAUUAAUCAUGUGCUUGAUUUUCAACAGAAAGAACAGGGAAUUGCCAAUCCAAUAUCUGUUGCAGAGCUUUUUCCAUCUCCACCUAUUGUACAGGGAAAAUCAAAGCCAAUUAAAAUUAUGACCAGGCUUACUUUGAUUGCCUCUGAUGUCUCUCAUUACAAUCAAUUGAGAACCGCUUAUCCUCAAAACUUGCCGUAUGAUAUUAUAGCCGUGGAACCAAAAACAGAAAAGUUGUUUCAUGUAGCCUGUAUGACCUUGGAUAUUGACCUAAUUUGUAUUCAAGGGAACUCAAAACUACCAUUCCGUAUCACCCGGCCUCCUGUUAAUGGGGCUAUUGCAAGAGGAAUUUACUUUGAACUAACAUAUUUUCCUGCUAUCAAUGAUUUCACGCUAAGAAGAUAUACCAUUUCAAAUGGAAUUUGCCUGAUGAACGUAUGUAAAGGAAAGAACGUAAUUGUGUCGAGCGCAACUGAAGAGUUUUUAGGACUGAGAGGACCAUAUGACAUUUCUAACUUUGGGAUCCUUUUUGGUUUGUCUGAAGAAGAUGCCAAAGCUGCUGUAUCAACAAACUGCAGAGCUGUCGUUUUGCAUGGAGCAACCAGAAAGACUGCAUUAGGUGUGAUCCACACCACAAGAAAAGUUGCAGCAUCUGAAGGGAAAGAUGAAGGAAGGCCUCGUAAAAAAACCAAGACUGAACAUAACGGGUGAUGGAAAGAAAAUCUUUGCUAUAACCACCAUUUUAUUUGCUUCAUAAAUAUGAAACUUUGUCCUUGUUUUUUCUGAAUAAUGAUCUAACAGCAUUGUGUUGCAGUUAUUAUUAUAAUUGAUAGUUAGCAUUUCUGUCAUCAAAAAUAAAGGAGUUUAUAUUUGAUUGCA